AUGAUGAUGUUAGUGAUCCUCAUCCCCUUCCUGGGCCACGUGGCCGCCCUGCCGGCCACUUCCUUGCUCCAGGUGACCGUCCAGCUGCAACGCGGCAGCGUGGGAGAGCUCGCGCCAUCGACCAUGGAUGCAGCUGGUGAUGCUGUGAACGCCAGCGAAAGGCAUCCGGUCCUCCUCGAGGUCCCGACUCCAAGACAGGCCUGCGAAGGCUGCCCCCAGGCCUCAGAUGACGAGCUGGACAUGCUAGAUGCAGUGGAGGAGCGCGAGCAGGACGAGAUGGCGGCCUUAGCCUCCCAGGCCAAGGUCUCCUUGCUGCAGACGAGCCUCGAGCACCAGCACGGCCCGAUGAAGGCUCAGGAGAUUGCUCAUCUCCACGCCAGUGGAAUCGAUGAUGCAGACGAGGCCUUGGCGCUUCUUGAUGCUGCCCAUGACCUGGGCAUGUGA